AUGGAGGACAUUGAAUACCAGCUAGAAGCCGUCCCGGCCACCCGGGUCCCGGCCGAUGAGAUUGACAACACCUUCCGUUCCAGCUGCAUCGAUCUCGUCUCCCAGAGUCUCGGCGGGAAGGUAUUGGGCUUCUCGGACGAAUGGUUCGCCGAUGCGGCUAACUUGAUCAACCCGGCCGCCCCAAUCCGGCAAGUGGGCAAGUACGUCCACACGGGCGCGUGGUAUGACGGUUGGGAGACGAGGAGGCACAACCCGGAGCCGUUCGACUGGGUCGUGAUUCGCCUCGGCGUGGCCUCCGGCACGGUCGAGGGCGUCGAGGUGGACACGGCCUUCUUCUCGGGCAACCACGCGCCCGCCAUCUCGGUGGAGGGCUGCUUCAGCCAGAACGACGACGAGGUCCUCUCCUGGAAGGGCACCCGGGGCGGCUGGGAGACCAUCCUCGGGAUCCAGGAGUGCGGGCCGAGCCAGAGGUUCGGCUGGAAGCUCGACAACCCCACCAAGAAGCAGUACACGCACGUCCGCCUCAACAUGUACCCCGACGGCGGCAUCGCGCGGUUCCGCCUGUUUGGACACGCCGUGCCCGUCUUCCCGGAGGACAAGGAGGCCAUCUUCGACCUUGCCGCUGCCCAGAACGGCGGCGUGGCCGUGUCGUGCAACGAUCAGCACUUCGGCACCGCCGCCAACCUGAUCCUGCCCGGCCGCGGCAAAGACAUGGGGGAUGGGUGGGAGACAGCGCGGUCCCGGACCAAGGGCCACUUUGACUGGGCAAUCAUCCGGCUGGGGGCGCCCGGCUACAUCCAGAGCUUCCUCGUCGACACGGCCCACUUCCGCGGCAACUACCCGCAGCAGGUGAGGCUCGAGGCCAUCGAGUGGAACGGCGACUCGGAGCCGCCCGCGGAUGCCGAAGGCUGGGUGAACAUGGCCGAGCCCAUCAAGUGCGGCCCGGACGCCGAGCACCCUGCCGAGAGCUUGGUCAAGGAUAGGCCCUUUACUCACGCAAAGCUCAUUAUGAUCCCCGACGGCGGAGUCAAGAGGCUGCGCGUCUUUGGGAAGCGCGCUGUGUAA